AUGUCGAAAUCACGAAGUAACCCAACAAAAUUGGGACGUAAGUUGGCAGCGGCGGCAGUGGCAACGACGUCGACGGCACCGACGCUGCUGUUGACGCCGACGCCAACGCCGCUGACGAAGAAGGAACCAAAAAACAUUACAAGGACAACGGCAAUGUCACCGCUAGCGGUGACUGGAAGACCGGCGGCAUCGUCGUCGUUGUCGUCGUCGUCGUCGCCGUCGCCAACGCCGACAACGAUUACGAAUCAGAAAAUCGUUACAAAGACAACGGCGACGUCACCGCUAGCGGUGACUGAAAGAGCGGCGGCGGAGAAGACAAUCGCGUUGACAUCGGCGUCGGCGUCGUCGUCGUCGCCAACGCCAACGCCGCCGAAGAUAACAGAAGUUUACAGAAGUAUUCAAGCGACGAAGACUACGACGUCACCGCUAACAGCGGAAGGCAGAGCGGCGGAGUCACUAUCAGUGAAAAAAAAGACGGGGCCAAGAUCGUGGUCGGCUAGAGGAAACUGGAAAAAAAUGCACUUACUAAGUGGUGAUUUCAAUGUGAAAGACAGUGAGCGCUCUGAUAGACCACAAAAAUGCGAAGACGAGCAAUUGCAAGAGUUAUUGGAUGAUGACCCAACUCAAACUCAACGGCAAUUAGCAGAAGCAUUACAUGUGUCACAAGAAACAAUCAGCAGACGUUUACAAGCAAUGGGAAAGAUCAAUAAACUCGGUAAAUGGGUCCCACACGAUUUGAAUGAACGUCAAAUGGAAAAUCGCAAACGAAUUAAUAAUGCGGUGCGUGAGGCGGUCGGUCGCGAAAAAUUGAAUAAACAAAUAGAAAAAGCAGUCACUGAGGCGUUGACUUCAUCAUCAAGAACGGCGAUGUCCCUACCGACCAUUCCGCUGCCAUACAUGUUUGCCCCUUCCGGAUAUAUAUCAGCAUCGCCUGCACAACAAAGUUACGUCGUGCCCGUGCCGCCUGCACAACCAGGUUACAUGCCCAUACCGCCUGCACCACCAGGUUACGUGCCCAUCCCGUCUGCACCACCAGGUUACGUUCCCAUGCCGCCUGCACCACCAGGUUAUGUUCCCGCGCCGCCUGCAUCAUCGGGAUAUAUGCCGUCUGCACUCCCGGGUAUGUUUCACCUUAUCCUGGAAGAACAUAUUUAA